AUGUUGAUUCGAAUUGCGGCAUUAUUAUUAUUUUUUUUUUCUUUUAAGCCCUUUCUCUUUCUUAACAUCCUUUGCUGGCACACCAUCUUCUUUCUUUUCUCUCUGACUGUCUUCCUCUUCCGCCUCUUCAUCCUUCAUUCUCGUCAUUCGAUAUUCCCCGGUAAACACAUUCGCCAACGGUGUCUCUCUCUCACUCUUUACAACACACUUAAGCACACAUUUCUUAAUCUAUCUAUCUAUCUAUCUAUCUAUCUAUCUAUUUAUCUAUCUAUCUCAGUCAGUUUAUAUCUAUCUAUCUACCUUAGUCUAUCUAUCUAUCUAUCUAUCUAUCUAUCUAUCUAUCUAUCUAGCCUGACUUUAAAAGCAGUAAAAUCGACCUUACUAUCUAUCUAUCUAUCUAUCUAUCUAUCUAUCUAUCUAUCUGAUUCUGACCAUUUAUAUCAACCUCAGUUUUUCGUCAUCUAUAUGUCUAUAUAUCUCGGUCUAUCUAUCUAUCUAUCUAUCUAUCUAUCUAUCUAUCUAUCUAUCUAUCUAUCCCAUUCUGUUCAUUAUCAAUCUAUCAGCCUCAAUAUUAAUCACCAUUCUAUAUUGCUCAUUAGACAUGCGCAGUCAUUCAAAGCAACCUUUUUCUGUGUGAGUAAAGAAGGAAUCCUUCUUUCACGGCACGAUUCUUGA